UUUAACAUUUUUAUAACGACAGAUUUUGUAUUUUUUACAUUCUUGUUUCCAAAGAAACUACUCAGCCUAACAACGUUGAGGUGUCGUAAAUAAUAGAAUAUAUUUUUGAAGGAAAUUAUUUCCAAUUGUCAAAAAAAUGGUGUCUUUGAAAAUGAAAAAGAGUAAGAAGAAGAUUUAUCGGAAACCAGAGGAUUUUUAUACUGAAGAAGAUCGGAAAGAUGCUGAAAAGCGGCAAACGAUUAAUUUGUCUGUAAAUGAUUUCGAUGCGCGAGGACAUUUAAAUAAUCCGCGUGCACCAUGUGUGGUCACUACAAUUGAUCCGGAUUACUUAAAGGAUCUUAGACAGCCCAAGCGUAUCAAGAAAUUUCGUAUGAAAAGCGAUAUUUUAAUAUUACGUGAAAUUACUCGCAACAAGUUUACCAUUUAUUCCACAAAACAACGGUUUUUGGAAAGGGAACGCAAUGCAGAAAAUGAAGAAAAAAUAUAUCAAAAAAUGAUAGACUUUAACAAGUUCGCAACAGAGUUUUUAGAAAAACUAAAAGCAGAUGCUUUUGUUCAAAUGCAAGAAACUUAUUUAAAACUUAGGAAAAUACGGGAGACACGUCCUAAAUUAGAAAGGGAAUUAAAAGAUGUUACCAAUCAAUAUCAGCGACUCCUAGUAGAAACACAGGAUGAUUAUAGAACGUUUUUAUCUGGUUUAAAAAAGAUUAGUUACUUCGAUAACAUCGAAGACGAAGAGGCAUUAGCUUCUCGAGAUGUUAAUAUCGAUGCUGAAAAACCGAAGUUAAUCAAACCAGCAGAAAUAACAAAUAUGGAGAUUUCUGAAAAGCAUAUUGCAGGUAAAAAAGAAGCCAAGGAAUUGGAACUGUAUAUGAAUCAGAUCGUACGACCGUAUUUGGCUGAAAAACGUUACUUAACUCCUAGCAUAUGGAUCAAUGGCUAUGAGAAAAUGCGUCAAAAAAUAUUUAAUUUUAAUAGUCGUGUCAUGAAUUUGGGUCUACUGAAUCUUAGAGUCAAGAUGAUACAUUAUAAAUUUAAAAAACAAUAUGAUGAGGCUGUUGAAAGUCCUAUAUUUGCUAAGGAUGCAGCAUUGAUACAAGCACGUGCUGAUACUUUGAAGCAAUUGACAAAUAUUGCAGUUGACAACUUCGAUAAGGCAUACAAAGAGGAUAAAAUGUCCUUGAGAUUAAACGCUGUUGUACCUGUACUACUUAAAAGCAUAGAAGAUACUAUAAGAAAAGAUAAUAAAACUAAAGAAGUUAUGGAUAAGCCAGAAGUAGAAACGGAAACGUUACCAAGUGAUUCUUGUGAAACUGAGUAUCCUCAAAUUGCCUCUUUAGAACAAGUGCAGAAAAUACAAGAACAUUUAUUGUUGUUGCUUAAUAAACUUGAUAAGUAUCCACCUGAGCUGGUGCAGAAGGUUGAAGCGGAAGAACGUCGUCGCAUCAGAAUGGAGAAAGAAAAUUCAAGACGCGCCUUAGCUAAAGAAAAUCGUAUGGAAAAUUGGCUGGACCAUUUCAAAAAGCAUGCCGCGCAGAAUAAUCCUAACUAAUAUCUACAGCGUUUCCAAUGUUUUUUGAAGACAUUUUAAAAGUUUAUUUUGGAUUUCACUUUUAAUUGAGAUAAAAUAUAUGUAAAAUUAAGCUUAAAAAUAUAUUUUUGCUGAUUAAAACUUAAAAA